GAGAUCAUGAAUUUUUGAAGCCAGUCCAACCUUAGAGAUUUGAGGGGGAAUAAUUACUUUUGGUUUGAAUUGUCUACUUGUAGUGCUGGAGGGCUUUGGGUUUGACGAGCUGCAAACUGCAAAGGCUGUGAUUUCCAUAGUGCCCGGCACCUGAGACAAUUGCUUACAAGUCAAAGCAAAUCUCAGACUUGGUUGAUGGUAAAGCCCGAAUUGUUGCAAAAUUUCGACCGGAGAAUACAAGAAAUUGGUGUGGAAUUCAAAUCAAUUGAAGCUGAAGCUUGUGGUUUGGAGCUGUAAUUAUUUUUGAGAAAAGCUGCAAUGGCUGGAGUUGUAGAGAAAUUCUUACUGGCAUCAAUGCUUAUGUGGAUAAUUCCAGUUGCAGUUUUAUAUGGUUUCAACCAUAAUGUCUUUCCAGGUUCAAGCGAUUUAUCUCCUCAUUCUCUGACGUUGUGGAGUGGAUUGCUUGCUGUUAUAUCAGUCAAUGCUGUGAUUGGGUUCUAUAUAUACUUGGCAAUGAAGGAGCCCUCAGAUAAGCAUGAACCAGAUCCUGCAUUUCUUGCGCAAGCGAGAGCUAGCGUCCAAAAGCCUAUAGAGUCGACUGAAGGUUCCUCUCAACCACGUGAGAAAGAUGAAUAGAAUCAUUCUAAAGCUCAUGCUUCUCUGCUUGCUGUUGUCUCCUGGUUAGCAAGAUGAAUUCAUACCUAAAUCAAGGCCACGAAUGAAGGUCUUCUAGCAUACUGAUGGUCUGGCAAAUACCCUUUGGAAUGGUUGUUGGUCUUGUUUUCGUAAGAAAUCUGCCUUUUCGAACAAUCAAUUUCAUGUUUGAUUGUGUGGGAUCAUUAGGUAUUCCUAGUGGCCGUGUUAGGGAUCACAU